AUGGCUUCCCAUGAACGAUCCCGGAGCAGAGGCUCAUUCUCGAUCUUCUCCUUCGACACAAUCAGGUCUCUCAGUCGUGCUGGUUCACGACAAGGUCAGUGGGAACCAACCUUCCUUUCCAUCGCUGAUCCCAUUAUAGCUGUUCGAAUUCCCUCCCGAGCUGAACCUCCAGAUCGAUCCGAGUCCAAACUUUCUUGCCGAUGCGACCCUCAAGACCAGCCUCCGGCAUCACCUGGGCCUGAUUCUAUUACUGAGGUGGUUUCGGCAGCUCCUCGAGCCACAUCGCCAGAAGGGGAACAUACACCUGAUGAGAGGGACAAUAUGGACCCCCCAGAAAUCCUUGUCCACAAACGAGGCGAUUCUCAUCGGACCGCACCACGAGCCCGUCGACUCUCCUGGCUUCCAUUCGGCAGGUCAUCCUCCCAAAAGCAACAUCCUCGCAGCCCUUCUGUGUAUCUGCCCAAGGCUACCAGUGCAUCCACUGUUGCUAGAAGCGUGAUCUCGGCCCCAGUGUUGACUAGCACCACCAACGCCAAAGUGGCUCGCGUCGAAGGGGUGUACUGUCGAGAGAUAUCCGAUCUGGGAUUCGCUCCCCCGGCAGGAAACUCACAAGGGGAGCGUGCAAAUCCUCCCACGCAGCAGAGUAAUGGACAUCCUGCAAACGCUGGUGGCCUGCAAAAUGCAUCGGUCAAGCGAGGAAGGAUGUUGAGGCUUGGGGAUGCUGUCAAAAGUAAAUUCAAGGGGCCUGUCUUGCGUAGGCAAUCCGAAAAAAGCCUGCGGCCAGCGAUGGCAAACGGCACUGACGAACCAAGCACCCUCACAAUGGAAAAUGGCAUUGCGAGACGUCGAACAGAAGCUUUCAACCUGUACAAAGGCAAGAUUAAAGAACUUACAGGAAGCGGUAACAUUCGACGGAAGCCAGUCAACAACAGCAAAGCCUUUGGUGCGCACCCGGACCCGCCUUCUCUCAGAAACAUGACGGAUCAUUUGCUGGCAGACGAGAGUGCUGAGCAAAGUGAUAAUGACUCUGCGUUUGGGUCUUUGACGAGGUCAUUCGCGAGCGCGGUUGACAAGCUGGACUUUUCAUCGUCUCUAGCACAUAACAUGCCCUUCCUGCGGUCCCGAUCAUCCUUCUUCAACUCAAAGAAAGACAAGGACAGUGGUGAACAGAGUGAAGCGAGACGACAAGUCUCAGGAGCUUCUUCUUUAUUGCGAUCUCCCUCUGCCAGUCUCUCGUCACCGUCCACCAUGACUCUCCCCAAGAAGACGCUUGAUCGUUCGCCAUCUGGUCAGAACGCACAGGACGACCACCCAGGCGAAAGCAGUCCAUCAGCCAGUCUUGUUUUUGACAGCAGAAACAAUGCAUAUCUGCCAUACAAGCCCAUAGAUGGAGAUAUUGAGCGUCGUCAUCCUCUGCGAAUGAACCCCUCUAAUCGCAUGGCUGUUCCUCCUGUUAAGUCACUGCAAUCACGGCAAGCAAAUCAACUCAUGGACGAUCAAUCACCAAUCCCUCGUCAGCAACGCACGAAGAUUCCGGUCAGGCAGAGUGACGAUGAAGACGAAGACGAAACUCUGUCUCUUGAUGAUGCUCCAAUCUACUCUCCCUCUCUCGGCGAUCUCAGUCAAUAUGCUAGAGAUACGCCGCCUUCAAAAGCGACUUGCAAACCCGGGGCUUUGGGUGACAAAACUGCUGGUGUGACCCCUGAUCCCACGCCCACUAGGAACAACCAAUCAAGCGGGCAGCAGCGCAGCGUUUUGAAGAAGAGCAGGAGCGGCAUCGGACUGUUUUCAAGAUCCAAGUCAGUCAAGAAAUUGACCAAGACAAACUCGAGAGCCGAGCGAAGCGAUGAUCCAGACACAUCCGGCCCAAGCACUCCUUCACCUCUGCACCAACGAGACAUGACCCGGAGCGAUAGCACAGGCAAGACAGUCAAGAAGAGCCGGAGCCUUCACUUUGGUGGGCUUUUCAAGCGACCUAGUGAACCGGAUCUAGGGGCGGCCAUCCCACGCGAUUUGAGCGUGCCCUUUCAACCAGCGACACCUUCACCGCUCCGAAAUGUCACUCGAGCUCGUGGAAACGAUGGCAAAAUCCAUUCACUUGCCCAGAAUCGCCGUUCAGCGUCGGGCCCUUGA